AUGGCGACGCGUGAUUUGUUCGAUAACGAUGACGCGCAUGGAGAUGAGAGCGAUGAUUCGUUCAUCGCAGAUUCGGAGGUGGAGUCCGACGGUUCUCUCGCUUCGGUCAAAGGCGCCGGUGAGAGCGUGGACUCCGAUUUCGAGUUCCUGUUCGGUUCUGAGCCGAAACCGGAGGCCAAGAAGACAAAGAAAUCCGCUUCUAGAUGGCAGAAAGAGCUCGACCGCCGCAUGCGUGAGGCGAGUGCGCAGUACGCUGACAUCGAGAAUGUGGAGUCGGAGGUGGCUUUUAACCUUGAGCACCUCUCGUCCCACUUCGAACGUCGUCAGGGUGUGGAGUCGGAGAUGCUGACGCUGUUCAGCGGCCUCCUGACCCGGGAGCAGUUCACCGUCGACUCGAGCUCGCCGACCGAUGAUGGCUCCAAGGCUGCCGACUCCUCCGCAACGCAGGCGCCACCGCAGGAGACCGAUCGCGCGCUGAACAAGCUGAUGAAGAAGCUGAUCCGUAGUACCUUCCGCGGUAAAACUCCCGAGGGUCGGUUCGGCAAUCUCGUCAAGGCUAACUCGGAUGCACCCAAACCUGCUGCACCGGGCAAAGUGAGCACUGUGGUCACCAUCGGCCGCGAGGCACUGUCCAACCUGCAGGAUCUGAACACCCUCCUCAGCCGUGAGCGUGAAGGCGACUACAUGGAGCUGGACGGCGUGCCCCUGUACAAACACACGCGCUAUGGGACGCUGUAUAUCUUCGAGAGCGGGUUUGUGGCCACUCACCUCUUGCCGCUGUGUUCGAAGUUGCUGCACGAGGCGUCCGGCAACGAUCACGACUUCCAGGCUCUCACUCAGGAGGUGAUAUACGUGCUCUACCAGCUGUCCCAGCCGCCGACGUCAGCGUGGUACAACUACUGGACCGAGGCGCAACCUCACUACAAAGCGUUCGCCGUCUCCAAGGAAUACGAUCACGACCCAAACGUGGCGUCCGAGCUUAAGCGCCGCGCUCGCAUUGUUUGGCACUACCUGAACGGCCUGGUGGCCUUUCGCUCAUCGCUGAUGUCGAGCGACCUGUGGACGCUCAUUGGCGAAUUCCGUCUUAAACUGGAGAAUUUCGAGCGUGCUGGCCAUCGCACCCCCGAACAGAAGCAGCGCGUGGAGAUGUUGCAACGUCAGCAGGAUUCGUUGGCGAACGAAAGGGACGCGCUGCUGGCCGAGGCCGCGAGCAGUGGCGACGAUGAAGACGGCGAAAAUGAGGAGGGUGGCCACCCAACCGGGCGGGGCCGGCUGCGCAAGGAUCGCAGCACGGCCGAAGCUCGCAAAAGGCGCGUGCAGGAACUGCGCAACCAGCUGUACGAGGUCAACGACGAGCUCGCGAAGGAACGGCAUGCCCACAUGGAGGCCCAGCAGCAGACACGUAUACACUGCAAGACCGUGAGGCUGCUGAUAACACACACGCUAACGAUCCCGGGGGACGGCCUGGGUCUGCUGUGCAUGCUUCAAGAAGGAGGUCUGAUAUCGCUGCUGAGGGACGAGGUGGUGUCUUGCUUCAAUUUGUGCAAGCGCGGAUUCACCGUUUCCGAGUCUGAUGAUAUCCAUGCCCACCCAGCGUACCUGAGCGAGGCGCAGCGCGAAUCCCUGUGGGAGUACGUGCGUCUGGUGCACGCGAUAUUGGUGUGCGUGGACGUGAAUAGGUUCCUCGGCCUGGUGUACAGCGGCAUUCGUCCGGCUGAAAUGAAAGUGGACGACGUGUUGCUGAGGUCGACUGAGGAACAGGCCAACCGAUCUGCCGAGAACGAGGCCAUUCUCGACCUGAUUCGGCUCAACCCCAAGCUCGCCCGCAUGACCCUGCGAGGUCCUGCCAAUUUGGGCAAAUUUACCAUUAACGAAAGGUUCCAAGGCACCCGGAGCCACGGCAGCUACGAACACUGGUUCCGUUUCCCUUCGCUGACCCACCUGCAAACGCCAUUCGAAGUAUCUUCUGGAGUGUCAAAUUCGACAUCCGGAUCACGAGCGGCGGGUUCCUUCGCGGCUGCCGUGGUGAAGUCGCUGCAGUCCGAGUUGCACCAGCUCAUCGGCAUCGACUGCGACUUCGAGCACUGCCACUGGUCAGAUGCUGCGGCGGCAUCUGGGAUCUAUUACGAGCUGGGUUUGGUCCUGUCCCUGUGUUUCGGCGACCUGAUGAGGGAGGCGCAGGAUCGUUACUACCAGCAGAGUGACUACCAGGUUGUGCUCGACCUGCAUACGUGGGUCGUGACGUACUACCGCUGCAUGUACCUGUACCUGCGCGAACAGUGCCGUACUGAAGACCGCCAGGCUCCGCCGGAGGCGUACGUGUUGCUGGCGCUUCGGCGUUACAUCGGGGCCGACUCGUCUUGCGCCAAAGUGGCAUGCGCUUACGUGUGGCAGCUGAUCCGCAAACACUCCUUGUCAAAGGCAUCCCAUUUCGGAGCGACUAGCGCGCUGAGGGCGCUGUACGCUGAUUUGAACCUGUUCCAGAUGAUUGGCGACAUCCGCAGCAACGUGCACGUGAUGAGUAUUUGCCAGGAAACUCUGGCAGCCUACUUUACGUCCGACAUCCGCGCCAUUCUGUUCUGGAUUUUGCGCUAUUUUAAGAUGCUGUCCCAACCUUCCAACCUUUUCUGUUUCGCGCUGGCGAACCUCCACCUGCUACGCCACGUGGUGCGUGCCGUGGGCUCGGUGUCUUUCACGCACGAAAACUCGCGGUCUGACGCCAUAGGCCGCGAUUCCGAUUCCGACUCCAGUGACGACGGCGUAUCGAUCACGAAGACUGUGAUCGUGACUGCAGAUUCCGUGUUCAGCUCUCGCAACCGCAACACCGCUAACGACGACAUUCUGUACAACGGACGUGUGGUGUACAACUGUGUUGCAAUGCUCGCCAACUUCCGCACCAACUCGCCGCAUCUGAACGACAUGCUGGUAUCUCACCUGGAGUCCGUGCCGCUGCCGAUGCUUUACGACAUCAAGUACUUUUACGUGUUCCGCGACAUUGUGGGCGACCGCCGCGUGUGGCAGAACGCGAAGUGGCGCUGGAUCGGCGACUACUGCGUUCGGGUGAUGGAAUCGUUUUUCGACGGCUGGCUGGGCCGGGGAAACAGGUUCCUGCCAUUGGAGCUCUUCUUCAACAAGUGCUCUCCCGCCACGAAGGGCCCCUUCCGGCCGUGCGCCCCCGAUAACAUCACACCCAUAAUGCGCGGCUACGAGCACUGCGGACUGCUGAGCGAGCUGCUACAACGCCCCGAGGCGACGGUGUAUGAGGUGGUCAGGGAGAAGCGCGGCGCCUCUGGCAGCAGCACGUGGGAUCCCGAGGAGGACGCAGCGCUGCUGAAGUACUACAAGCAAUUCCGGUUUUUGGCGGACCCUGUGGCGUACAUCGCGGAGCUGCUGGGCCGUCGUGAGGCCGACGUCCAACGUCGUCUGGAGGAGUUGAGGGUGCCGACGUCCGAGCCGCAGGGUGCGAAGGGCGGCAACACGGCAGCGCUGCAGAAGUUGCUGCGCAACCUCGUCUCGCUAUUCGCUGACGAGGCCAUAAAGGUGUGCGCGGAGCUGCACGAGAACAUCUCCGAGUCGAUUGAGAUGCAACGCCUGGGCGGCGCUGACGCCGUUUGCGAGGUGAUGGAGCCGCUGUCAGCGUCACCCCGCCUCUUGGGAUCCGCCGAGUUCCAGGCCGUGCUCCACUGCCUGGGCAUAUCACAAAACUGGUUGCUGCCCAAGAAUACGGGGGAUUUGGCGCCACUGAUGGCGGUGUUGGAUGACCCGUCCAGCUACAUCGUCGUGGGCAAGGAACGUGCAGAGAGCGCCUCGCAGUCGACCCCCGAGACACGCGCCACGGCGACGUCAGCUGCUGCAGGCGAAUCCGUACAUGAGGACACACAGAUGGAUACGGAUAGCGGCGUGUCCCAGCCCGCCGUGGUGACGAGUAAGGAUAUUGCAGAAUUGGUUUUGCGUCUGAUUCGCUGUUUGGAGGAGCACGGCGAGUCGGCGAAUGCCAGUGGUAUAAUCCAGUCCGCCAUAAAUCUGGUCGAAUCAGCGUCAGUUCUGGGCCGUGCAGAAGCGGUUUGCAGCUACCUGCCGCAGCGGGAGGAAUGCCUGUCACGCGUCCGCAACCUGUUACGACUUGCGGAGGUUGAGGUUCGGCCGCCGAUGAUCGCGUGCGACAGUUUGCCCAAUGCAAUCAUCGCCGUGGACAGGCUCCGCGUGGCCAUCAAUUUGAGCAGGCUGCCAGCGUCCCGCCUGGAAAUGAUAGUGCAAACUAAUGUGCAUCAGCCCUCAGGCUCGUCCAAACGCCCUCCAUCCUCUAUGGCCGUGGACACCGAUUUCGAGGACUCCUUUGAGAAGCACAUGGACGGCGCCUCUGAUGAUCAGCACGAGGACCACCUUGACCUCGACGCGCCCGUCAGCUUCAACAUCUUCGGGCUGCGUCCCGGCAGGGGGAAGAAGAGGGGCGGCGGCCAACGCUCAUCCGCGCAUUCCGGUACCGGUAGGGGAACACACGUGCGACGCAAGAUGUCUAUUGAUUCCGACGGCCUGUCGGAGACCCAAUCGGACCACUUGUCAAUUCCGCCGGAUGAGCACGGCGGCGAGUUGCGAGCAGUGCUGGAUGAACUCCGUCGUCGUCUCUUGCUGGGUCACACCCGCAUCGAUGCUGCAGAUUUAAUGGGCAUCGGUAUUUUCGAUAAUUGGGAUGCCGCGUUUGAUAUGCUGCGGCGGUACUGCGGGUCGCUCGGCGCCUCUGAGGAGUUCGUGGCCAACACCCUGUGGCUUGUGUGGCCCGAGGACAACGUGGACUCGGCCAUCACGGCGCUCUCCAUCACUCCGUUAAGCGCUGUGCAACCAGAGGAGCUGUCUUCGGGUGAAUGGGGUUCGCGUGCCGUGCGAAGCGUGCCGGUCCGCCGGAAUAUCCGCCGCCGAGUCGACCACUCGCCCCCGCAACUGGGCGUGCAGUGCGACGGCGAGCCACCGGAGCCACUAGACCUAGAGCCGCUCGAGCGCCUGGAGGUAAACCCGGACCUGGUGGCGUCGAUCUACGAGGAGUCGCUGAGGCUCGCCAGGGAGGGCCGCCUCCGCAACACCGUCACGUCCAGGGAAGACCUGGAACGACUCCUGGAAUAA